AUGUUUCAGGAACUAACUGAAAAUCGAUGUGAGAAAAUGAUUCCGAUUCGAUUCUAUCGUCGACGAUCAAUGCAACUUCUCUUUAAGGGUAUUGUACUUGUCUUGUUAUGCUUGGUCGUUGUAAAUUUAACAGCUUCACAUCCGAAAGGACGAUUAUCUGUUCAAGAGCUUAAUGCCGCUAAUAAAGCUGAUGAGAUUCUGAUUAAAAAACGAGAGAAUGCAGAUCCGCCAAUUAUGGUGCCGCCGAAUGAGCCAGCACCACAAAAAAUGGAAACUACCAAAGAUGUGACGGAAUCGGCAGCAUCUGUCGUAAUCAAUAAAGCGCCAUUCGUUCGGGAAAGCAGAAAAGGGCAAUUUUAUGAGAAUGUCGUCGUACACUUUGAUCUCAAAGGAGCACCGCCGAAAGUCGCCUAUUUCGUUGAUCUUUUGAAAUUGGCGGCGAAGGGCGGCGCUUCGGGAAUUCUUCUUGAAUGGGAGGAUAUGUUCCCAUGGAGUGGAGAAUUAGAAAAGUUCAAAAAUACUGAUGCAUAUUCAAUGAAGGAUGUUGAAACGAUAUUAAACACCGCUAGUUCACUAGGAUUAGACAUUAUUCCACUAGUUCAAACGUUUGGUCAUCUUGAAUGGAUUUUGAAGUACGAAGAAACUAGAAAAUACAGAGAAAAUGACGCUUAUCCUCAAGUCCUCUGCCUUGGAAAUCAGGAAGGUGUUAAUUUGAUAAAGGAAGCUUUACGUCAAGUUAUUGAAACACAUAAGAAAUAUGGAAUCACCUUCAUGCAUAUCGGUGCUGAUGAAGCCUUUGAGUUUGGUGUGUGCGCUGAGUCAAGAGAAUGGAUUUCCAAAAAUAUUGCGGACGGAGGAAAGCAACUCCUAGCGUUGGCACAUUUGAAAAAUAUUGCAGAAUUUGUCAAGAAAACCGCCGGCGAUGAAACAACUGUUUUGGCCUGGCAUGAUAUGCUUAAAGACUUUGAUACACGCCUGAUCAAAAAACUGGAGCUAGGAAAAGUUAUCGAACCAGUUGUAUGGGACUAUUCUGAGAAUAUCGUAACAUUAAACGAUUAUAUAUUCUCAAGCUUGGCAGAAAACUUUCCAACGAUGUGGGCAUCUUCGGCUUUCAAAGGUGCCAAUUAUCCAUCUGUUUCGUUUUCAGACGUUCAUCAUUAUGAAGUGAAUAAUCGAAAUUGGAUUCCCACGAAACGAAAAAACGAGCGAAAGUUCCAAAACGGUUUCCGCGGAAUCAUCAUUACUGGUUGGCAGAGGUACGACCAUCUAGCUGGCCUCUGCGAAAUUCUACCCAUGGGAACACCAUCAAUGAUUCUACAACUUCAAAUUGCAAUCACUGCGCCAAAUUUGGACGAACGCGUUUACCGGGCGAAUGCAGCCAAGAUCCUGGAAUGUUCGAGUUUCACUGUUGCCGGAAAAACUGAUGUUAUCAGUAACAAAUGCGGAUUCCCAGGGUCUAAUGUAUACAUGUUAUACCAAAGUGUUGCUCAACGGACAUUGAAGAGUAUGAAAGAUCGACUUGGUGAAAAUCAUCAUUUAAUGGGUUGGGCGAAUCGUUAUAAUCGAAAAUACAACAUAUCACAGAAUUGGUAUCACAAAGAAAUGCGGCCAUUCAUAUCGUCAAUGCUUUCUGAAUACGAUAAUCUUGUAAAAAGCUUUAGGAGAGAAAUGUCUCCACAUUUCUUCGAUAACACAAUUGAGGAAUUCAUUUAUGAGAAUCUUGAAGAAAUGGGCGAAAAUAACCGUACCUAUUUUCCACCAUCACAAUAUGUUCAAUUCCAUGGAAAUCCCAUAAUGCCGUUUGCGCCGAGUAUUCCCAAUUUUCAGCAGCAUUUGAAUAAUGGGAUUCCAAGAAAUCAUGCGAUAUGUGUGCCGCCUGGACAACCGUAUGUUCACACAGUUCCGGCGACGGUCAUCCCGCACAUUGUAACACCUCAUGGAUUGAUCCCGAUGACUCAGAGUAUCACGCAAAUCGAAGUUCCGCAAUCGAUUUUACCGCCAAUUUCACCUGUGGCGCAUCGUUUGAUGAUUCUGAAGCAGAAUGAAGCACAGAAAGAGGCGAAACGACUAGCAAAGUUGGAAUCAAUGGCAAGAUUAAAAAAGGAGCGCGAAGAGCGACGAGCUUUGAAACGAUUAGGACUCCCCAAGCAGAAAAGAAAUCGAGAAAAAGAUGAUGAUGAAGAUGAAGAUGUAACAUCAUCGACUUUUUCGAAUCUAACGAAGAAGAAAGCUCAUCCAGUCAAAACGAUGCCAUUUAGCAAAGAUUCAUUCGUCAUUCGCCUCAAAGAUAUUGAUUCGUUUAGUCGAAGUAAUGAGAUUUGGAGAGUUGACAAUCACAUUUUGAUGCAAAAAUUCACUGGGGUGCCUUCAUUUCGGGCUCCAGCUCGGCAAUUUCAAUCAACGAAUCGGAUGUCUGGAUAUGAUUUUCGUGCAGCCUGGAGGUUUUACGUGAUUAAUCCCGAAAAUGUUGAAUUCGAUCGAUGCAGCUCGGAGAUAACUGUGCAUUAUUUUCCGGAUAUCACAAUUCUGCGCGAAGCGAAGAAAUUCGCCGAAGCGAAAGACGAAGAAUUUAAAAAUGUUGAAAAUGAUGAAUAUCGAGAAAAGCUAAUGAUGCUGCAGAAGAAGCAGGACAAAUCGCGAGCUGAACGACUACUGCGGAUGACUGAGCGAAGGCAGAGGAAACUUGAAAUGAGAUACAAAGUAAUGCAGUCGAAAAAGGAAGAAGGCUUCAAAAUCCCGAAAAGAUCAAUCAAGCCUUCAUGGAUUGAUUAUCGCAAUCGACUGGGAAGCGCUUCUGUGAAUGUGAGCAUGUUGAGGAAAAGUCAUCUCCCGACGUAUUUCAAAACUCAGAAGUCUUCAAGCGAUGAGGAAAGCAGUGAAUAUAUUUGCCAUCAAGUGCUCAAUGAACUGAUUGAGGCUAUUAUUGAGCAUGAGCAUGAGGAAUGUGCUGUUUCGAGCAGUGAUUGGGACAGUGAGAACGAGGAGAGCAGCACCUCACAAACGACGGUGACCGAGAAUCAUAUCUACUACGAGGAUGAUGUUCCCGUAGUUGGAUGCGAGGUGACUUUAACAUAA